AUGGCCUCAGGUGGGGUUAACACACGUAUAGAGAUAAUUGAGCAACCCAGGCAAAGGGGAAUGCGUUUUAGAUACAAAUGUGAAGGGCGAUCAGCAGGCAGCAUUCCAGGGGAGCACAGCACAGACAACAACAGAACAUACCCAUCCAUCCAGAUUUUGAACUAUUAUGGAAAAGGAAAAGUGAGAAUUACAUUAGUAACAAAGAAUGACCCAUAUAAACCUCAUCCUCAUGAUUUAGUAGGAAAAGACUGCAGAGAUGGCUACUAUGAAGCAGAAUUUGGGCAAGAACGCAGACCUUUGUUUUUUCAAAAUUUGGGUAUUCGAUGUGUGAAAAAAAAAGAAGUAAAAGAAGCUAUUAUUUCAAGAAUAAGGGCAGGAAUCAAUCCUUUCAAUGUCCCUGAACAACAGCUGCUUGAUAUUGAAGAUUGUGACCUCAACGUGGUGAGAUUAUGUUUUCAAGUUUUCCUCCCUGAUGAACAUGGUAAUUUGACAACUGCUCUACCUCCUGUUGUCUCCAACCCAAUUUAUGACAACCGUGCUCCUAAUACUGCAGAAUUAAGGAUUUGUCGUGUAAAUAAGAACUGUGGAAGUGUCAAAGGAGGAGAUGAAAUAUUUCUACUCUGUGACAAAGUUCAGAAAGACGACAUAGAAGUUCGGUUUGUGUUGAAUGAGUGGGAAGCAAAAGGUGUCUUUUCACAAGCUGACGUACACCGUCAAGUAGCCAUUGUUUUCAAGACUCCGCCAUACUGCAAAGCUAUAACAGAACCCGUAACAGUGAAGAUGCAGCUGCGGCGACCUUCCGAUCAGGAAGUUAGUGAAUCUAUGGACUUUAGAUACCUGCCAGAUGAAAAGGACACGUAUGGAAAUAAAGCAAAGAAACAAAAAACAACUCUGCUUUUCCAGAAACUGUGGCAGGAUUGUGGAGUUAAUUUUCCUGAAAGACCUAGACCUAGUCCCCUAGGACCAACUGGAGAAGGAAGAUUCAUCAAAAAAGAACCAAACUUGUUUUCUCAUGGUGCAGUUUUGCCAGAAACUUCCAGGCCUGUUUCAAGUCAAGCAGAAUCCUACUAUUCCUCCUCUGCGUCCAUCUCAAGUACAUUGUCACAUCCUGCUUCAGCCAUACUACCAAUGGGUACUCAGUCUUCUUCAGGCUGGUCAUCAAUCGCCCACCCCACCUCACGCUCAGUCAAUACAAAUUCACUGAGUGGUUUUUCAACAGGGACACUUUCCUCUAAUUCACAAGUUAUCCCACCAUUCCUGGAAAUGAGUGAUCUGAAUGCUUCUAAUGCUUGCAUUUAUAACAAUGCUAAUGACAUAGGUAGAAUGGAAGCAUCAUCUGUAUCACCAGCUGACUUAUAUGGUAUUUCUGAUGCCAGCAUGCUGCCUAACUGCCCUGUGAACAUGAUAACACCCAGUAAUGACAGCAUGAGGGAGACCGAUAAUCCCAGACUUGUGAGCAUGAAUCUUGAAAAUCCUUCUUGUAAUUCAGUGUUAGACCCAAGAGACUUGAGACAGCUCCAUCAGAUGUCUUCUUCCAGUAUGUCAACAGUCACCAGCUCUAGUACUACUGCUUUUAUUGCACAGUCAGAGGCAUUUGAGGGAUCUGACUUUAAUUGUGCAGAUAACAGUAUGAUAAAUGAGGCAGGACCAUCAAAUGGUACUAAUGCAAACAGUCAUAGUUUUGGUCAAAAUAGUCAGUAUUCAGGUAUUGGAGCUAUGCAAAAUGAACAAUUGAGUGAUUCAUUUCCAUUUGAAUUUUUUCAAGUUAACUUGUAA